AUGGCAAGUACAGACGUUGCUCCCAAUGCUGAAAGCCUAGCGGCCGCGGAUUCUCCUCUCGCCGUAUCAAUGGAGGAGGUGAUGGAGGCGAAGCUUUCGCACAGGGAAAGGGACAUCGCCGCUGGCGUUUUCGACGAGGAUCGCUAUGCUCCUCAGAGUGCCACGCCUUGUAGGAAUGGCAAUUCCGGCGAGUAUUCGUGCGAGAAUGUCGACUUGAGGGGGUUUUUGCGCCAUCAAGAUCUGGGGAGCGAGACUCGAACUGGCAACGACGUCUGGGGCUGGACUUCGUUGAGCGGGAGAGAAUUCGGCAUCGUCGGCCAGACAGACGGCGUGGGUUUUGUCGAAGUCCUCAAGGACGGCAGCCUGCGGGCCAUGGGGCGCCUUCCCACGCAGACGACCGACAGCGUCUGGCGCGAUAUCAAGGUCAUUGGCAGGCACGCCUACAUCGGCUCCGAGGCUCCUGGCCACGGCCUCCAAGUCUUUGACCUGACCAAGCUCCUGACGGUUGAUGCCAGGAGCCCGCCCACAUUCGACAUCAAGUCCGACCUGACGGCGCACUUUUCCGGAUUCGGAAGCAGCCACAACAUCGUGGCCCACGGGGCCACCCGGACGAUCUUCGCCGUGGGGACUUCCCGCAACGGCUCGUGCAAGGGCGGGCUCUGGAUGGUCGACGUGUCUGAUCCCGCUGAGCCCCGGGAUGCCGGCUGCUUCGCGCAAGACGGCUACGUCCACGACGCCCAGUGCGUCAUCUACAAGGGGCCGGACAGGAGGUACCGCGGCUGCGAGAUUUGCUUCUGCUACGACGAGAGCGCCCUCACCAUUGUGGACGUCACGCGGCGCCGCAAUGCCAAGCGGCUCUCGGUCACGCCCUACAGGGGGGCGUCGUACACGCACCAGGGGUGGCUGACGGGGCAUGACCAGCGGCCCGUGUUCACGGGCUACUACAAGAGUCCGGCCAAGGCUAUCGAUCACAACCUGUAUGUCGUUGACGGGCUGUCGUACAUGUCAAACUAUGGCUCUGGGCUACGCAUCGUCAACGUGACGUCGGUCGCUGAGAACAGCAGCGGCUCCUGGUUCCGCGAGGUUGGGUUCUUUGACGUUUAUCCCGAGGAUGACGCCGUGGGCGGGGAGGUGACUUUUAAUGGGGCUUGGUCGGUGUAUCCUUAUUUCCGGAGCGGAAACAUUCUCGUCAACAGCAUCGAGCGUGGGAUAUUCUCCGUCAAGCUCGUUUUGUGA